GUGCCUACUGAUGGAAAUGCGGGCCUCUUGGCAGAACCCCAAGUGGCCAUGUUUUGUGGCAAGCUGAAUAUGCAUAUGAAUGUUCAGAACGGGAAAUGGGAAUCUGAUCCUUCUGGAACCAAGAGCUGCAUUGGGACAAAAGAAGGCAUUUUACAGUAUUGCCAACAAAUUUACCCUGAACUGCAAAUUACCAAUGUCGUUGAAGCCAAUCAACCUGUAACAAUUCAGAACUGGUGCAAGCGGGGAUGGAAGCAAUGCAAGAGUCACCCUCACAUUGUAGUUCCAUAUAGAUGCUUAGUUGGAGAAUUUGUGAGUGAUGCUCUUCUGGUGCCAGAUAAAUGCAAGUUUCUUCACCAGGAAAGGAUGGAUAUAUGUGAAACUCACCUGCAUUGGCACACGGUUGCUAAAGAGUCCUGUAGUGAAAAGAGUAUGAAUCUACAUGACUAUGGUAUGCUUUUACCUUGUGGAAUUGACAAGUUCCGUGGUGUGGAAUUCGUUUGCUGUCCAGUCGCUGAUGAGAGUGAUAUUGUUGACUCUGCUGAGGCAGAAGAAGAUGACUCUGAUGUUUGGUGGGGUGGCGCAGAUGCAGACUAUGCAGAUGGCAGUUAUGACAAGGUAGCAGAAGAGCAGCUAACAGAAGAAGAGGACAUUGCAGAUGUGGAUGAUGAAAAUGCUGAUGACGAUGACGAAGAUGGUGAUGAGGCUGAAGAAGAAACAGAAGAUCAGUUUCAGGAAGCCACUGAAAGAACAACCAGUAUCGCUACAACCACCACCACUACUACAGAGUCUGUAGAAGAGGUUGUUCGAGAGGUGUGCUCUGAACAAGCUGAGACUGGUCCUUGCCGAGCAAUGAUCUCCCGCUGGUACUUUGAUGUGACUGAACGAAAAUGUGCACCAUUCUUUUACGGCGGAUGUGGUGGAAACCGAAACAACUUUGACACUGAGGAGUACUGCAUGGCAGUCUGUGGCAGCGUCAUUCCCACCACAGCAGCCAGCACUCCUGAUGCUGUUGACAAGUACUUGGAGACCCCUGGUGACGAAAAUGAGCAUUCCCAUUUCCAAAAAGCCAAAGAGAGGCUUGAAGCCAAGCACCGUGAGAGGAUGUCCCAGGUCAUGAGGGAAUGGGAAGAAGCAGAACACCAAGCAAAGAAUUUGCCAAAAGCUGAUAAAAAGGCUGUCAUACAGCAUUUCCAAGAAAAGGUGGAAUCAUUAGAACAAGAAGCUGCAAAUGAGAGACAACAGCUAGUGGAAACUCAUAUGGCAAGAGUGGAAGCUAUGCUCAAUGAUCGUCGCCGUAUUGCACUGGAAAAUUACAUCACAGCUUUGCAGGCUAAGCCACCCAAGCCUCGACAAGUGUUUAACAUGCUAAAGAAGUAUGUCCGUGCUGAACAAAAGGACAGGCAACAUACACUGAAGCACUUUGAACAUGUCCGUAUGGUGGAUCCCAAGAAAGCUGCUCAAAUCAGAUCUCAGGUUAUGACACACCUACGUGUGACAUAUGAACGCAUGAACCAGUCUCUUUCCCUCCUUUACAAUGUUCCAGCAGUUGCUGAAGAGAUUCAGGAUGAAGUUGAUGAACUGCUCCAGAAAGAGCAAAACUACUCUGAUGAUGUCUUGGCAAAUAUGAUUAGUGAGCCAAGGAUCAGCUAUGGAAACGAUGCCCUCAUGCCUUCAUUGACAGAGACUAAAACAACCGUUGAACUCCUUCCUGUUGAUGGGGACUUCAGCCUAGAUAAUCUUCAGCCUUGGCAUCCCUUUGCAGUUGAUUCAGUUCCAGCAAAUACUGAAAAUGAAGUUGAGCCAGUUGAUGCCCGGCCAGCUGCCGACAGAGGACUCACCACACGACCAGGCUCAGGAUUAACCAAUGUUAAGACAGAAGAGACUGCAGAAUUAAAGAUGGAUGCAGAGUAUAGACACGAUUCAGGAUAUGAAGUACAUCAUCAGAAACUGGUAUUCUUUGCUGAAGAUGUAGGUUCAAACAAAGGUGCCAUUAUUGGAUUAAUGGUGGGAGGUGUUGUCAUUGCAACAGUGAUUGUCAUUACUUUGGUAAUGCUAAAGAAAAAACAGUAUACAUCUAUCCAUCAUGGUGUAGUGGAGGUGGAUGCUGCAGUGACGCCUGAGGAACGCCACCUUUCAAAGAUGCAACAAAAUGGUUAUGAAAAUCCCACCUACAAGUUCUUUGAACAGAUGCAGAACUAGAACACCACAGCAGCCUCAUGAAUUGGACAGCAAAAUGAUUGCUUCACUGCCCAUCGGUGUUAAGAGAAUAAUGUGGAAACAAGCAAGAAAACAAACACUUUGUUUUAUUAUUUACUCAUUAUCGCCUUUUGACAGCUGUGCUGUAACACAAGUAGAUGCCUGAACUUGAAUUAUAAAAUCAGUAAUGUAUUCUCUCUCUCUCUUUCUCUCUCUCUCUUUACAUUUCAGUCUUUAAACUACAUUAUUAAUGAAUGUUUUUUGUGUACUGUAAAGUUUAGCUGUACCGAACUAGUGCAUGAAUAGAUUCUUUCCCAAUUAUUUAUCAUAUAGCUCCUUUAGGCAGUUGUAUAUUAUUCUUGUGAUUUGUGAUGGAGAAACAAAAACAGUCAUAAUUGAAAUAUGCUUUCAGAAUUGAUUGGGAUGCUUUCUGUGUAUGUGGGAUUGAGCUGCUUCUCUUUGCUGGGUUUUCUUCUUCUGAUCACUAUGCAUUUAAAAGUCGAUUAUAAUUUUUUCCCUCCUCCCUUUUUUUUAAAGAAAGGUAUUCCAGACGAGUUAAGAUUAUUUUCUUCUGCAGUUGCAUUUUAUUGUACAGAUUGUUGCUUCUGCUGUACUAGUGAAGUAGAAAUCAUGGGAAUACACAUUUGUUUCUUUGUGCCUGUUUUAUGUGCACACUUUAGGCAUUAAGGGGGUAAACUUUUUUCCAUGUAUCUUUUCAUCUUUAAAUAAAAAAAAUCCCUGUUAAUUGUGAGCACUUUUAUAGGGGCGGGGGUAGGGAAAGUGCCUGCUGGUUGAAAAAAAAAUUGAUGGGGAUCCUACAAAAGUUUCUGCAGGAUGAUUGUACAGAAUCAUUGCUUAUAUGAAUUGAUAGCUUUCUACACUGUGUUACAUAAAUAAAUUACAAAUAAAACCAUUGGACAAGAGUUUUAUUUGGAUGAAUAAAAAAGUAUUGGGAGGAGCUUUAACAGUUACCAUCGUUUGUUCAUACUUGGGGUUGGGUAGAUUUUUUUCCCCCUUCAAGUAGACCUGGAUCAUAGAAUUCCCGUUUUGAAUAUAGUGGAACAACAUGGCAGUGGGUAAGAGGGGUGUUUGCUUGGGCAUGCCUUCUCUCAAAAAUGUCUCUUUUUUGAGUUUGUAUAAUAGUGUUUUAAUGUAAAUAAAUACAUUCCUGGAGGAGUU